UGUGAACUUAUCAAUUGAGGACAUAUACAACUGGAGUGUGAUUCUAUCAGUAAGGUCAUGCAUGAAAACAACCGCAAGUCAAAGAAAUUUUGAUAUCAGUUCAAUGUCACAUUUUGGUGACGUCUUCCAGUAAUCGCAUCAUUGAUCAGAAUAAGAAGCAAGGUAAAUGUUCUGUGAAGAAAUGCACAAUAGAAUGAGUAAAGUUGGAAACACCAAUCAGAGUUUGUUAUUAACAAAAAUUAUGAUGGGUUCUACCUCUGAGAAUUUGUAUAAAAGGAGUAAUGAUGCUGAAGAAAGCAACUGAACCACAAUCAAUGGAGGUACCAUGUUGGCACAGCUUCUGGUCAUUCCUUAUUAAACCUAUGCGGCAAUGCCUAUUCAAAUAUCAUCAGGAGAACAACAUAGUUUCAGUCUGUCCUUAUUUUCUCAUGGAACAUCUCGCAUCUCCAAAUCUCCAAAUCUCAUCUUGCACAUGGCCUUAUUGAACUUUAUCCUCGGUUCCGUUGUGUGGUUUGCGGUUGGCUACACGAUGGCUUUUGGUGAGUCACAGAAGGGUGUGAUCGGCUCCAUGAACCACGCUCUUUUGUUUGACUUAAAUGAAGGUGGAAUGUAUGGUAGUGAAAAUAAAACAAUGUGUACUGCACCAAGUGCUGGUAAUAACGUGGUGAUGUUUGAAAUGACAUUUGCAAUAUUAGGACCUGCAAUGGUAUUAAUUACAUGGUCGGAGUACAUUAAACCAUCAGGAGCAAUGCUUCUUAUGAUUCUGUGGCCAUUAUUCAUUUAUUACCCACUGGCUCAUUGGAUACGAGGCAAUGGUUGGUUAUCCAAUACCGUCAUUGAUAUUGCCGGAGGUUUGACGUUGUAUACCACAGCAGGUGCUUCGCAUUUUCUUCUGACCAUUAUAACAAAACGGAAGUAUCCAAAUUUGGAGAAGUUUUCUCUGGUGGAUCAGUACCUAGAAGAAAAAACCAAAUCUAGGAAUUUCAUCUUUGUAUUUCUUGGAAGUUUACUUACAACAACGGGAUGGUUUUGUCUGAAUAUUGGAUCAGAGAAGGCUGUUGAUAAUAGUUUGGUCCUCUUAAACACUCAUCUUACUGCGAUUUCUUCAGCUGCGUCAUGGGUCAUGAUUGGUUUUAUCUACACGGGUCAAUCAUCAGUCGUUGAUCUUCUUUACGGUCUGAUGGCAGGUUUAGCAGGUUCGUCCUCGUACUGUGGGCUCGUGGAACCGUGGAGCUCAGCGCUUAUUGGCUGCGUUAUUGGUUUACUAUCUCACGGGACAUUUAUUCUAGUGAAAAAACACGUGACUUUAUGUUUCAGAGAAAAUUGCGUGGAUGGAACUUUUGUAUUUGGUAUUCCAGGAAUGAUCGGUGGCAUUGCGGCUGGUUUGUUUUCAAAAAGAUAUAAUGCUCAAGAAAUGAUUGGUUUGAACGGAGCUUUUUAUUCCAAUCCAAUUCAGCUUCCUUAUCAAUUUCUUGGCAUUGUUGUAGUGAUUUCUUGGUCUUCCCUGUGGACUUUAAUUUUAGUUAAUUUCAUUCACUCGACGGUGGGAUUGUUCAUUCUUGGAUGUCCUGAGGAUAAAGAGCGUCAUGUCUCCAGAAUUCAUCUUCUUAACAAUAAAGAAAGUUUUCUGAAGAAAGAACUUUUCAAGGCAGCCAAAAAUGGAGAUUUGCAGCAACUUCAAGAAUUGAAAAAAGUAUUUGCAGUCGAAUUUGGAUUGAAAGAUUUUCAUAAAAAAACAGCGUUACAUUACACUUCAAAGAACGGUGACUAUGUUUGCACACAGUUUCUCUUAAAACAAAGUGAUGUUGAUAUCCACGCUAAAGACAGAUAUGGAGUGACACCAUUAUCAGAGGCUGUAAGGAAACAUAGAAAUGACGUAAUUGUCUUAUUGUUAGAUAAUGGUGCCAGUUGGUUGAUGGAUGGCAUUGGAGAGUUAUUGUGUUCAUAUGUUGAGUCAGGAAUGAUUGAAGAAGUGCGCAGACUUCAUAGUUUAGGAAUGGACUUGAACUCGUCAGAUUCUCAUGGAAGAACAGCCCUGCACGUUGCGGUCAGUCGGGGAAAUGGAUUAAUGGUAGAAUGCUUGAUCGCUUUCAAUGUUCAAUUGAACAAAAUUGAUUGCUUUGGAUACCGUCCGUUAAAUUAUGCUGAAAUGCAUGAGAAUAAAGCUAUCAGUGAAAUAUUGAUUCGCUAUGGAGCAUUGAGAGUGACCCAGAAGAACAGUCAACAAGAAAUCUGUCAAGAAGCAAGCAAUGGAAAUUUGAGGGCGAUUAAACACAUGGUUAAUAAUGGCGUCAACGUUUCUUACCAGGAUGUAGACGGAAAAACUGCGCUACAUGUAAGUUGUAAAAGUGGCCAACUUGACGUCGUAAAAUUCUUGAUAAAUCAACCAGGAAUAAACGUUAAUGCAACAGACAGGAAGAACAACACGCCGUUAACAGAAGCAGUUGUUAACAUGCAUAACGAUGUUGCUGAAUACCUUCAGUUACAUGGAGGCGAAAUAGAAGAACAACGUAUGAUGCAUUUAAUAUGCAAGGCAGUUAAGAACCAAGAUAAACGUUUAGUUAAACACUUAUUACAGUGGUUCCAUGGUUCGAAAGUUACUGAUCUAGAUGGACAAUCAGUAUGUCAUGUGUGUGUUAGAAAUGGGGAUGUUGAUAUGCUUGAAACACUACUCAAGGCUGGAAUUAGCUUCAGAGAGGUGGAUUUCUUUGGGAACACCCCGUUGGCGUUGGCACUUCAAAUAAAAUGUGACCGUUCAAUGAUAAAAAUUCUAGCAGAGAUUGAAGAGGGCUGGGCAAAUAAAGUUCGUGGUCUUCGAGUUAGCGUAAAAAUACCACGGAUUGAAGUUCCAAGCAAAUCAAAGAUCCGUCGUAGGCGAACUAGAAGACAAACCCGGGUUGAGGUUGCUAGUGGAGAUUUUAGUGAUGCAACCAUACCAGAAUUCACGAAAUCUUACCUGCAAGAAGCAUGUGAUAAUCACAUGAGGAAUUGUAUUGAAAAUGAAAUAAAAUGUAAUGACAGGAUGGAAGAUGGGCGUAUCGGAGCUACAACUGCAGAGGAAGUUACCUUAGCAGAUAUUGAAUUAAUGAACCGCCAGAGAAAAUUGAAUACAUCAAGGAUAUCAGAUAUCAUCACUGGAGAACCACAAUACGUCUAAUGUUCCAUAUUAUGUAAAAAAACCAGACAACAGUGCAUUAUUUUCACGGGAAACGUUUAGAUGUGCGAACUUUAGGUCCCAUGAUCCGUUUUAAUGUUUUAAUGACGUAUCUUAAUUAGGCUAAUGUAGCAAUUAGACGCAUUCCAUAUGGCUAUUUUGAUCAAGCUAAGGU